AAAAAACAAAAUAUAAUUAAAGAAAAAAUUAAAUUUAAUAAAUAUUCAAUAAAUAUGUUUUGCCACAGACAAAAGAUCAUUUUUUUUUUGACAAACUGUACUUAAAAGUAUAAAAUGAUAGGAAACAAAUACUCAAAUCUAUUAAACUCUAAAUUAAAAGAAAAUAUAGAAGUUAGAAAUAUUCAGGAAGGAUGGAAAGAAAUAUCUAGCAAUAAUCUUAUCACUAUGUAUUCUACAAGUUAUAAAGGUCACUAAGUUUAACUUAAUAAAUUUGAAGGAAUAGUCCCUGUAAAUUUUGAAAAAGCUGCUCAAUUUUAUUUUGAGAAUCUAGAUGAUCAAAAAAAAAAUAGAGACAUCUGCGAAUAGUUUUUUAAAAUAGAAAAUGUAGAUGAAAACACAUUUGUAGCUUAUUAUUAGUCUAAAGGUAACCAAAUAGUGAGUUCAAGGUAUGUGAUUGGAGUAUAGCAUAGGAUAAAAUUAAAUGAUAAUGAAUAUUUAAUUACAAGAGAUAGUAUUGAUGAACACCCUAAUUCUCCUAAAACUGAUGCCAUUCAAGCUGACUAAAUAAUUUCAGCUACAUUUUUAAAAAAAGUUAGUUAAUUUACAACUAAAUUAGAAAUUUAUUCCUUAUUUGAUCCUAAGAUUAAUCUUCCAACAACCUCAUCAAACUUUAUUAACUAAAAAAAACUUGAAUCAAUAAAUAAAGAUUUAGAUAUUAUAAAAUAAAUGUGAGUAAUAACAUAAAAGUUAUUUUAAUAUUUCUCUUGUUUAUAUAUUAUCUUAAACAAAGAAGUAAAUCUAUAUUAUAUAUUUUUAUCUUUGAAUAUACUUCAUUACUUAUUUAUAAUAAAUUUCAUAUA